CCCCUGCCCCGCGAGCGCGUGGGCAGCGCGAGCCGGGGCGACCCCGAAACGCGGCGGCUCUGGGAGGAGGAAGGUUUCCACCAGAUCGCCCUGAACAAGGUGGCCGUGCUGCUGCUGGCUGGCGGGCAGGGCACUCGUCUGGGCGUGACCUACCCCAAGGGCAUGUAUCAGGUGGGCCUGCCCAGCCAGAAGACCCUCUAUCAGCUGCAGGCAGAGCGGAUUCGGCGGGUGGAGCAGCUGGCUGGCGAGUGCCACGGGACCCGCUGCACUGUGCCCUGGUACAUCAUGACGAGUGAGUUCACGCUGGGGCCCACGGCCGAGUUCUUCAAGGAGAAUGACUUCUUCCAGCUGGACCCCGACAAUGUGGUCAUGUUCGAGCAGCGCAUGCUGCCUGCCGUGACCUUUGAUGGCAGGGCCAUCCUGGAGCGGAAAGACAAGGUUGCCAUGGCCCCAGACGGCAACGGGGGACUGUACCGCGCACUGGCGGACCACCGGAUCCUAGAGGACAUGGAGCGCCGAGGAGUGGAAUUUGUGCACGUGUACUGCGUGGACAACAUCUUGGUGCGGCUCGCCGACCCCCUCUUCAUAGGCUUCUGUGUGAUGCGGCGCGCGGACUGUGGCGCCAAGGUGGUGGAAAAGGCGUACCCUGAGGAGCCUGUGGGCGUGGUGUGCCAGGUGGACGGUGUUCUCCAGGUGUUGGAGUACAGCGAGAUCAGCCCCGAGAUUGCGGAGCUUCGUGCGCCCGACGGGGGCCUGCUCUACAACGCAGGCAACAUCUGUAACCACUUCUUCACGCUAGACUUUCUCCAGAUGGUCACCAGGGAGUUUGAGCCCUUGCUGAAGCCACACGUGGCUGUGAAGAAGGUCCCAUACGUGGACGAGAAGGGAAAUCCGGUAAAGCCGCUAAAACCGAACGGGAUAAAGAUGGAGAAGUUUGUGUUUGAUGUGUUCCAGUUUGCUAAGAACUUCGUGGCUUUUGAAGUGUUGCGGGAGGAGGAGUUCUCCCCCCUGAAGAACUCUGACUCGGCAGACAGGGACAACCCCUCCACAGCCCGGCGGGCCCUGCUUGCUCAGCACUACCAGUGGGCCCUGCAGGCGGGGGCCCACUUUCUGGACGAACAUGGGGCCCGGCUCCCCGAGCUGCCCAGCCUGCCUGGCAGCAGAGAGCCUCCGGCCAUCUGUGAGAUCUCGCCGUUGGUGUCCUACUCUGGAGAGGGUCUGGAGGUGUACCUGCGAGGGCGGGAGUUCCAGUCCCCGCUCAUCCUGGACGAGAAGCGGGCCAGGGCGCUGCAGCCCUGACUCCCUCCCACACCUGCAAAGCCAGGGUCUCCAGGGGUGAAGAUGGGGCCUGACCUGGGGCUCUGGGUAGGAAAGCAGGCUGCUGUGCCUUUCCGGCCUGUGGAACACAGAAGGAAGCGUGCUGGUUUACUCCAGGAGGGUGGGACCUCUCCUGUCACCUGUUUCCAUGGACACAAGGGAUGCCAGGCCUGCUGUCGGCCAACUCAGGAUCUUGGGCUUCGCUCCUGGCUGUGGGGUCCGAGGAGGAGGCAGAGG